GAACGGUCGUGUUGUGAUGACGUCGGUCAACAGUGAUGUGAAUACAUCGAAGAUUAAGUUCAGUGUGGACAGUAUAUUAGGUACUAAUGAUCCUCCUCCUGCUGCGGAACCGAGGAGUGAGCCACCAUGCGCUGGCUGCGUGGCGGCGUUGUAUAGAUGCUGUAGGGAGGAACCGCCCCUGCUUCAGCUGCAGCUGCCAAUGCCGUACGCGCAUUUGCACCCCGCCUUAAGACCUACAUCCGCCAUGUACCGCCUACCGCUUCCUUCCCCCCCGCACCAGAGUUCCGCGCGCUGUGACGUCACUUCCACCGGGAAACGGAAGCGCUCGUGGUCGCGCGCGGUCUUCAGCAACCUGCAACGGAAGGGCCUGGAGAGGAGGUUCCAGAUACAGAAGUAUAUCACUAAACCUGACAGGCGGCAGCUGGCGGCUACGCUGGGGCUGACGGAUGCACAGGUGAAAGUAUGGUUUCAAAACCGACGUAUGAAAUGGCGGCACACUAAAGAGGGCAGAUCUGGCCUCAGUUCUGUGGGCUCUGUGCGAGACCCUGACUCCACCGCCAAUGAGGACAACGAAGAUAUCGAUGUGGAUACACUGAGCGACUGAACCAGAGAUAUUGAGAGCAGAGAAAUUGACUCGACU